CGGUAACUAAGUAAACGUAGUGGAGAUCAUUUUUCGUAAUUUAGUAUGUUUUUGUCCUGAAACCGGCCACAAAUUUCGUGAAUGGUCUUGAUUUAUACAUCAUAUUUCCGAGCCGACACUAAUCUAAUUGAAAUGGGGAUUUGUGAGCAAAUCGCUGUUCGAGCCGAUCCAAUGGCCCUUUUACACUUGAUUUAGAAACCGCGCAUAUGGUGUAGGAUCACAAGGCAGUCGAUUCAUUUGGAAAACCAUUGCUAGAGUUUAACAACAAAAACGUUUGAUCAUUUCCAGUACUGUAUAUCAAUGCAGAAUUAGUUCUGUUUAGCGAUAUGGAUUUUAAAAGCAGCAGGUGUUUCGUUUUAAUGCCGAAGUUACAAAUUAAGAGGUUUUUGUUUUUCGUCUUCGUUCUGUUGUUCAAUUCAAGUUGCUUAGUUGAAGCAGCAGUAGGUACUAAAGAAGGAAAAGUACCUUCUGCUUCAUCUUAUGUCUCCCUGUCCGUUGCAAAGGAGUUGAGAAUAUCUGAUAACCCAACGCUUCUGGUAAACGAAAAGCAGCCAGUUACUUUGGUAUGUCAGUUCUCAACAGUCGAAGGCGCCAGACUACGUGAGGUGGUAUGGUACAGAGAGUUUGAGGAUGGGACAAGUGUUAAGUUGGUGACUUACGACGCAAUUAUGAAUAUUACACAGGUUAAUACCAUAGCGCAGGAGAAUGUAAAUGGACUUGGUCCCACUUCAAUAUUAAUCAAUGCUGCUUCACCUACUGACGAUGGUUGGUAUCAAUGUCAUGUUGGAGUUUACGUUUCAAACAAUAUUGUGGAAAAAAUUGGUUAUAUUUAUCUGAAUGUACUGGUUCCCCCUAGCGACGUGUUCAUAUUGGCUCCUGGAGCAAUCGAAGAAAAUCAGUUGCUACGUCAUAACUUCAGUCUGGUGUGCAGGGUCGAGCGUUCAAAACCUGCCGCAGAUUUAAUUUUUACCCGAAACGGACUUAUUAUACCAGAACAAGAACACAUCAACUCGUCUGGUUUGAUCGAAGAAAUGGCAGGAACUCUGGGCGACUUAAUUGCCUCUAAAGACUUCAUCAACAUGAACGUGGUCAUCACCACUGGCAACAUAGAUCUUUCCGGAAGCUGGGAUUCGGAUGUUGUUCCGUAUACGAUGAUUCAUAUAAAGGCUCAAAUUGCUGGUACCAAACUGUGGGAGAGUAGCAGUUACUUGCUGUGGACGUUACGCCCUGAGCAUGACACCAAUGCUGAAUACGGUUGUCAGGCUCAGCACGAGAGCUUGGACGGCGCCAAGACCGCUGAAAGAGUUUUAAGUAUGUUUGUUCCAGAGGCGCCACGGGAAGAUUGGCUGGUUAUUGACACUAAACCGUCGGCACCUGUUUACGGGGAUAACGUUAUUUUACAACUACGGAGUCAAUUGCUGGAGAAUCUAUUUCCGAGGCCUGUGCUGCUGUGGACGAACAAUAUUGGUUCAAUUGCAAACGGGAAGAAGUUCUUUGUUGGGAACAAAUUAUACCUGCGAAAAGCAUAUCAAAAUAACACAGUGUAUAAAGUACAAGCAUUUAACGCACUUGGUACAGCGUCGACUACUAAGAAACUUGUGCUUAAAAAACGCCCGCCAGGGUACAAAUCAAGCAUAAAAAAUCGGAACAACGCGUCAACUAUGUCACAAGGCAAAGAGUUUUUAAUGAUUUUUGUUACCAGCUUUGCUGUUCUAUUUUCAACUUAUUUGCUCUAAAACGUCUCAAAAAUUUGACAAGAACUGUGAAAAGAUGUCACUGGCAUACAGUGGUCGAAUGCCUUCGUACAAAUGACAUUGUAUGCAGGGAAAUUCUUACUGCAUUCUUCAUUUACACGAUAUCUAAUUACUCCGCGACUUCAAAGUUGUGUUUUUAUUGCUAUGAUGAAAAAUGAGGCUGCAAUUAGAAAGCCAUUGCAGAAUUCGUUUAAUUUUACAACGGUAAUAAAAUCGUUUCCACGA